GAUCUUUAUACUUACUUUAGACGCCGGUUCCGCGGCAUCAUUGCUGUCAGAAACAUGGCGGCGCGCACUUGCGUGCUGCUCUGCUUGAUCUGCGUAUGCGCAGCCCGCGAGUGUAUCGAACUAACGAUCGGUGAUAAUAAUAUAUUCUCGCAAAGUAUUUUUAAUAAUACGAUUUUAAAAGUUGCCGCUAAUAAUGAAUCGUUUGAGAGUUCGAGGGUUAAUUUGCUGGACUUGUGGGAUAAGUUUCCGAGGAUCAUGGUGCCUGUUAAUGGAACGAGCGACCAGUGCCGACGGGAUAGCAGGCUGUUCCUGGACAGUUUAGAUCGACUGGAACUCUGGGCAUUGAAAAUGUUCGAUGCGACGGCGAAACCACCGUCCGGUAUACUGAGUGGAAAUGGGAACCAAUAUGGCGACUUCGACGAAUGUUUGGGUAUCGACGGCGCGGUCCGAGGCAAAUAUUGUCUGGCGUCCUUACAAGUCAGCAUUGGGGGUGAAAAGGGGCAACAGUUGGACUACUUAGUACAUAGCGGGCAUUAUUUAAGAAGCAACGUCACAGAUAUGGGUCAUCGACUUCCAAGAUAUUCCAGUAUACUGUGGGGUGUUUGCAUUCCAAGUUCAUGUAGCAGCUUCGACUUAGAAGACGAACUGUCCCACAAGCUUUCGGACCUCGGUAUAUCUGUGAAGGUGCAUAACACACUGUGUACUGUGAAGAAUUUCAAGCGUCCCUAUUCAUUUGGAAAAACUUUAUCAAUAACAUUUUUCCUGUCCAUAAUCCUUUUGUUAAGUUUGGGAACAUUGCUCGACAAUGGAAAGGAAGGCGAAACGAACUUUGAGAAGUUACUUAAUGCGUUUUCUCUGAAACGUAAUUUAAGGAAAGUUUUUGACUUGUCGGAUUCACCAACUAGAGUCAAAGGAGUAGAUGCAUUCAGAGGAAUAAAUGCAUUUGCGUUGCUUCUGGGUCACAAGUCUAUGGCGAUGGCUCACAGCCCUUAUGUUAAUAAGACGAGCUAUUCUGAGGUCUUUGGAAUGCCUUGGGCUGUGAUCGGACGUUCGGCGAUCAUCUAUACAGAUAGUUUCUUGUAUCUCAGUGGAUUUCUAAAUGCACACAAUCUUCUUCAAGACUUGGAAAAGAAAGGAACUAUAAACUUCAAGGAUAGAAUGCUGGCUAGGUGGUUCAGGCUAUUCCCAAUGUUCCUGAGUUUAAUGUUAUUCUGCACAUACAUUCUGCCUGACAUAAAUAACGGGCCCCAGUGGAAUCUCGUGGUUGAGGAACACAGUCGAGUUUGCGAAAAAAAUAUGUGGAGAAGUUUUCUAUUCAUACAUAAUUACUUCGGCUUCGAGGAUAUGUGCCUAACUCAUACCCACCAAAUAGGAAUGGACAUGCAGUUAUACGUAGCGACACUACCUCUGAUGUUUGUACUCUGGAAGUUUAGGAGAACGGGCCUAGCGCUCAUCGUCGGUAUUGCAGCUGCUUCAACCGUGUUAAGAUAUCUAGCUAUCUAUUGGUAUGACAUCAGCAUGUUCGUGUAUUAUGGGAUAUCCGUUCAAAAACUUCUCGACGCAGCAAGGUAUUCAUACAUUUUGCCUACCCACCGCGCAACGAUUUACCUCAUCGGCGUUAGUAUGGCCUAUUUCAUAAAAUCCAAGAAAUCGCAUAUAAAACUCAGUGAUAAUCAGGCGAGAUUUGUUUGGGCUUUUUGUUUCGCGCUGGCCGCGUAUACAAUAGCAAGCCCCUACCAAAUGGGGCUGGAAGGUUACAAAUAUGAACAUUACCCCGCUGCGAUGUUCGCAACACUCACGCCAAUCCUUUGGGGCUUGUUCAUGUGCGUCGCUCACUGGUGCAUUUGUAACGAUUAUACUGGUUCAGGAAAAGCGUUCGUUGAGGCGCGAAUAUUCAAGUUCUUCAACAAAAUAGCAUACGCUGUUUACUUGACCCAGUUCCCGAUAUUCUUCUACAAUGUCGGAAUCCAAAGACAUUCUGAAUACUACACACCAAUGCUUCUUAUCCAAAUACCGGAAAUGAUGGUCAUAUUGGUGGUAUCAAUUUUGACGACGGUGGCAAUUGAGAUGCCUUUUAACCAAGUGUAUAGGAUAUAUUUCGGAAAAUCACAGACAAAAUUAAAGGACAAAUAAGGACGAGAAAACCAUGACUGUAUUAUAAAAGCUACAUUAAGCCAAACAUCACGUAAUUAGUUUGUAUUUUUUGUCUA